GCGCCGCGCGGGGGCCGGCCGCGCCGAUUUACCGCGAUGGGGGCAACGCGGAGCUGAUGGGCGCGCUCGUGUGGUGGCUGGCGGCAUGCUGCCUGGUCCGCGCCGCCACCGCCGGCAACCCCGACGCCAAGAGGCUCUACGACGAUCUACUCUCCAACUACAACAAGCUGGUGCGGCCCGUCGUCAACACCACCGAUGUGCUGCGCGUCUGCAUCAAACUCAAGCUGAGCCAGCUCAUCGAUGUCAACUUAAAGAACCAGAUAAUGACGACCAACCUGUGGGUGGAGCAGUCGUGGUACGACUACAAGUUGCGGUGGGAGCCCCGCGAGUAUGGUGGAGUGCACAUGCUGCACGUGCCUUCCGACCACAUCUGGCGGCCUGACAUCGUGCUGUACAACAAUGCCGACGGCAACUUCGAGGUUACGUUGGCGACCAAGGCGACCAUCUACCACCAGGGGCUGGUCGAAUGGAAACCGCCCGCCAUUUACAAGUCGUCCUGCGAAAUAGACGUGGAAUAUUUUCCCUUCGACGAGCAAACGUGCGUUCUUAAGUUCGGUAGCUGGACGUACGACGGAUUCAAGGUAAUUGCCGGAGCUGCACCGCUCUCGAUGACCGCUCUGUUUGUCCGCAGCGCCGACGGCAACUACGAGGUGACGCUGAUGACCAAGGCCACGGUCUACUACAACGGCAUGGUGGUGUGGCAGCCGCCGGCCGUCUAUAAGUCCUCCUGCUCGAUCGACGUCGAGUUCUUUCCUUACGACGUGCAAACCUGUGUGCUUAAGUUAGGCAGCUGGACGUAUGAUGGCUUCAAGGUGGACCUGAGGCACAUGGACGAGCAGGCCGGCAGCAACGUGGUCUCCGUGGGGGUAGACCUCUCUGAGUUCUACAUGUCCGUCGAGUGGGACAUACUUGAAGUGCCUGCAGUUAGGAACGAGAAAUUCUACACGUGCUGCGACGAGCCCUACCUGGAUAUCACGUUCAAUAUCACCAUGCGGCGGAAGACGCUAUUCUACACCGUGAACAUCAUCAUCCCUUGCAUGGGAAUUUCUUUUUUAACGGUCCUUACUUUUUACUUGCCCUCGGAUAGUGGAGAAAAGGUGACGCUGUCAAUAUCGAUCCUGAUUAGCCUCCACGUGUUCUUCCUGCUCGUGGUGGAGAUCAUCCCCCCCACCUCACUCGUCGUGCCCCUGCUGGGCAAAUACCUGAUCUUCGCCAUGAUCCUAGUUUCUAUUAGUAUAUGCGUGACGGUGGUGGUGCUCAACGUGCAUUUUCGGUCGCCGCAGACACAUCGCAUGGCGCCGUGGGUCAAGCGCGUCUUCAUACACAUACUGCCUCGGUUACUAUUCAUGAAGCGACCGCAGUACAAAUUUGAGACGACCAGGUCGAGGUACACAGCCUGCGGUGUUGUGGUCCGUUGCGGGGGCGCAGCACGGCCGCUGUAUCCCUAUAGAUUAGCAGCCGCUGAGGACGACUGCUGUGCGCCCGGCGCGUGGCCCCCGCCCGUCGCGCAUCCCCCAAGGCCGCUCACGCGCACGCCAAGCAAGGAAGACUUAACGCACACCACUUACCUUAACUCUGGGAUGGGCGAGAGCAAUCGCUUCGGCGGCAGCUGCAUGGUGCACGGCUCUAACGAGGGUGCUGGCCUGGCUGCCGCGGGCUUAGCUGAGGACGAGGCAUUAAGUCCCGUACCCGACCCCCCGCCUGGCUUCAGCCACUCCGCGUGCCCCCCAGAGGUGCACAAAACCUGCUUCUGUGUGCGGUUUAUUGCUGAGCACACGAGGAUGCUUGAAGACUCGACUAAGGUAAAAGAAGAUUGGAAAUACGUAGCGAUGGUGCUGGACCGGCUGUUCCUGUGGAUCUUCACGCUGGCCGUCCUUGUGGGCACGGCAGGCAUCAUCCUGCAGGCGCCGACGCUGUACGACGACAGAGUGCCGAUUGACAAGCACUUUAACCAGAUCGCAGCAUCGUCCCUCGUGCGGUGUCCGCCGCCGGCUUAAAGCGGCAUCACAACAAGGGCUUUCUUUGUCACGUUCACUAGAGGCAUAGUAAAAAGAAAACAGCAGCAAGUUACUAGUUUGUCCGACAAUAUCGUCUGUCGUGCUAUAAAAUUAAAAAUAUAUGUAGUGACUCGCGCUAUUGGUGCACAUAUUUACAUAUUUACAGCUUGCAGCUAUUUUCUUUUCACUGUAACAAAUCUGCAGAUAUGAAACUCGUGGUAGGAUAGAAGUAUUAAUAUCAAACCAAAGACCUAAUAUCGUAUUCAACCUCUAGAGCCGUUGACAAUGGUAGCUCCAAUUUGAAUCAAGAUACAGGAGGCCUUCAGGCCGCAGGAGGCUCAAAGACGGCAAGAGACCGUCGAAGACCCAACGCACACCCGUCCCGCCCCGCACGUGUUCUAUUCCACGACACGUUUAGUUUUAUUAAGUACCUAUUAACUAUAAUCUUAAACUCUUCAUCUUCCAAAUCGCACUUAGCUCUUAACUUCAUACCUUAAUACGUUGUUCUCAAUAGUUACAUUGGAUAAUUUUCUGACCCUUAUUAGAUCCAGAGCAUCUUUGUGGCACCAGCAAUGUCGCCUUCCUUUAUUAACGGAAGGGACUAAAGAAGAAGGGGUUCCAAGAGAUUAGGCAUUGAAACUGGCUUCGCCAGAAAGCGUUUAUGGAUUUAAAAAACAUAUAAUUGUUUAAUCGUGCAAUUGUCCAAUGACGCUAGUGAGAAAGUUUUCCAUUAAAUUCUUCGUCGUGUAAAGUUAAGGGUGUAGUUCGAAAUCUGACCGCGUAAUUAAUUUAUUGAAAUGCUUAGAGCGAAAGAUACUUACGUACACUUAAAAGUAUUUGUUUCAUAUUAUGUGGACUAUUUAGAUAUAUCACAAUUAGAUCAAUGAAAAUGGGAUAUAUCGAAUAUGCCAUUGUAAACUAUGUGACCAGAUUUCGUACUAUCACUCUACGUUAAACUUAUGAAAUGAAACGAAUUGUAAUUUUUUUAAAACACAUCACAAUUGUUCCUAACACUCGAUAUCUAAUUGUGACAAUAAUUUAAAGCAAUCAUUUCAUUGCAAAGCGUUUACAGAAAUUUUGUGACAAGUAUUUUUCUCAAAUAGACUGCAAGUUCAUCCAUACAUUACCGUAACUAAUUAUAGGUAACGUAGGCAUACAAGACAAGCUUAACGUGUACAUACAUAUUGUUGAGAUCUUAGGGUCGGCUACUACACAUGACUAAUUAAACAAUGUUUUCGGGUAUAAAACCACACAUAUCUGUUUUUUCAAACAAACAAACGUUUCAAGGUCCAUAGAUCCCAUGGCCAUGACUGAGAUAAUAACCGUCAUUGACCAGUUGUCUAAUGUAUUUAUUGAAAUUUUUUGUGAAAUGACUUCAUUAGUUUUGUCAGGAUUAUGAAUACAAAGAUCGAAACACAUAGAUUUCUUUUGUAUAAUAUAAUCAUAACAAUUCCGGGGUCAUUUAGAGGGCAAAGGUAAACUGGAUUUACCUGCUGCGCUCUAUAGAGCGAAGCAGUACUUCUUACCAGGCCACCGACUUUUGUUAUAUAAAACACAAGCACGGCCCCAUAUGAAGUAUUGCCUGCUACUCUGAGGAGCUCCCAAAUACCAGCUUGACCCUUUGAUUUCAUCCAAUGUAGGGCUGGGGCCUACCACAACCUCUUAAAACAAUAUUACUUUAACCUUACAUUGAUCCUGUCAAGCGACUCGUCUGCUCGUUUG